AUGGCAGAAAACUCCAAAAACAAAGGCAAGACUCCAUGGAUACCACAUGAUCCUGCGGCAGUACCAUAUGGACCAGUACCAAAAAUACACUUGAAGUCGAUUGAUCAAAUGCUUCCGCGGAAGCAUUCAGAUCAGCAACUUCAGCCUCGAUUUGUUAGGAAACCAAGACCAAUGGAGGAGAUGCAACCUAAAUCCAGUCGUUCAAGGAGCCCACGUCGACAUGUCAUGAAACCGAGACCCAUGGAGGAGAUGCAACCUCAAGCCAAGCGCUCAUGGAGCUCAUUUCUACGCGAACAUUCAAUAGAGUCACAGUCUAUGGAAGAUAUACGAUCUCAAACCAAGCGCUCAAUAAGCUCACUUCGGCCUCGGAUUGUGAUGAGAUCAAAGCCUAUUGGUAAAAUUUCAACUCCGGGCGAGAUACCAAGUUUUCCAAAGGUUUCACUCAUGUCGUCAAAGGCCCGUCCAACAACCUCCACUAACAAUGGUUUCACACGGCAAAAAUCUGGAAGACAAACAUUUCAUAAGUUUUCUGAUCUUCCGUUAGAGCUUCAAAUUAUGAUUUGGCAAUGGUAUGGAAGAAUCCACGCAAACAGUAAUCCGAACGUCAUCAAGAUUUCCCGCUGUUUUAGACCUGUGCUACAAAACUUUAUGGUCAGAGAGAAUUCAUCAGAGCAGAACUCAUACUUUGCCAUGAGUUACAAGCUUCCUCCCAUCUUUUAUGUCUGCAAGCUUACUUUCAAAAUUGCGAAAGACUUAUAUGAGAAAGAAUUUCAAGUGAUUCCAAUGAUUAAAGAUGAUAAACAAUUGACAUACUUCAACGAAGACAGGGACAUCAUCGUUUUGGAAGAUGCUCAUGUAUUGAUGGAUUGGAGAUACAACCGCCAGACUGAAGCUGAAUUCGCCAGAAGGACGCAAAUAAGCUUAUAUCGGCCCGCAGCCGAGAGAAUCACAAGAAGAAUCAACAUGAAACAUCUCGUUAUUGGUGGAACAACCCGAUCACACAUCGAGGCGAGGCAGCUGGCAAGAUUUUAUGAUUGCGAGUCCAUAAUGCUGGGGGUACCCUAUUUGAUUCGCAGCAGAUUCUUCUCCACCGAGAAUAGAAACCAACCAGACCGCGAAGCUAUCUCAUUUCUUCGUGAUCGACUCAUGGGCUUCUGGAAAGAGGAAAGACAGGGACCUUUUGUUAGGGAAGACUAUCGCAGAAAGCUCAUCCGUCCAAUGAUAGCUGAGCCCAGUUGGGAUACGACUGAACGAACUAUAUCCAACCCAAUGUUCUUUGUCUUUACCGGUGACGAGAUAUCAUAUCAACUGCACCGUUUACAUCCCGCAAUCACGAAUUUCAUGACACCAGUCCCAGGAGCUAAGAAUUCUAUCACUUUCAUGAACGAUAUGAAGUUCUCACGUAAGCAUGCUAGGCUAUUCGAGUACCCAUGGGAGUGCGUUCCAGAAACAUAG